ACCAACGAAAUCCUGGAGGGCGGGCGCCACGGGGAGAGCGCUGGUCCCUCCACCCGCGGGUCGUUCGGAGAUGGACUCCGGACCCCGGGAAGGGAUGGCAGCGGGGUCCCCGCAAACUUAGGUGGAGCCUUGGGGCUGCAAUCACUCCAGUGCCAGUGCGGCACUAACGCACAGCUCUUCCGUCCCCAGGAGCGCCCCGACGGGCUGGGCGCAGCGGCCGGCGGGGCCCGUGUGUCGUCCUUGCCCCAGGCGGCCUACGGGCCGGCGCCGCCACUCUGCCACACGCCCGCCGCUGCUGCCGCCGAUUUCCAGCCGCCCUACUUCCCCCCGCCCUACCCGCAGCCACCACUGCCAUACGGCCAAGCGCCCGACGCCGCCGCCUUUCCGCACCUGGCGGGGGACCCGUACGGCGGCCUGGCGCCGCUGGCUGCGCAGCCACAACCUCCCCAGGGCGCCUGGGCCGCGCCCCGCGCCGCCCCCCGCGCCCACGACGAGCCGCCCGGCCUCCUGGCGCCGCGCGCCCGCGCCCUGGGCCUUGAUCCCCGACGCGACUACGCCGCCUCUGUGCCCCGUCUCCUGCACGGCCUGGCCGACGCGCCCCUGGGCCUUCCGGGGUUGGCGGUGCCACCCGGCCUGGAAGAUCUGCAGGCCAUGGAGGAUCCCGGAAUGAGCCUCCUGGACCAGUCGGUGAUCAAAAAAGUCCCCAUCCCCUCCAAAGCCAGCAGCCUUUCAGCCAUCUCACUGGCCAAAGACAGCCUGGUGGGGGGCAUCACCCACCCCAGUGAGGUCUUCUGCUCCGUGCCUGGCCGGCUGUCGCUGCUCAGCUCAACGUCCAAGUACAAGGUGACGGUGGGCGAAGUGCAGCGGCGACUCUCACCUCCGGAGUGCCUCAAUGCCUCCCUCCUGGGGGGCGUCCUGCGCAGGGCCAAGUCCAAGAAUGGGGGCCGGUGCCUGCGGGAACGGCUGGAGAAGAUUGGGCUCAACCUGCCAGCUGGCCGUCGCAAGGCUGCCAAUGUGACCCUGCUGACCUCGUUGGUAGAGGGAGAGGCUGUGCACCUGGCCCGAGACUUCGGCUAUGUCUGUGAAACUGAGUUCCCAGCCAAGGCAGCCGCCGAGUACCUGUGCCGACAGCAUGCUGACCCCGGGGGACUGCACAGCCGCAAGAGCAUGCUGCUGGCUGCCAAGCAGAUUUGCAAGGAGUUUGCAGAUUUGAUGGCUCAGGACCGCUCACCACUGGGCAACAGCCGCCCAGCGCUCAUCCUGGAGCCUGGAGUACAGAGCUGCCUGACCCACUUCAGCCUCAUCACCCACGGCUUCGGUGGACCCGCCAUCUGUGCCGCACUCACUGCCUUCCAGAACUACUUGCUAGAGUCACUCAAGGGGCUGGACAAGAUGUUUCUAAGCACUGCAAGCAGUGGGCAUGGUGAGACCAAGGCUUCGGAGAAAGAUGGCAAGCAUCGGAAAUAACCGCUUUCCCUGUCCCCAAGGGGGAUCCCAAGCCAGAAAUGAGGCCUUAGUUGCCAAGGAUGGACCUGAAAAGACUAAAAGGUGACAUUGGUCCAGAGCUGGGGGUCUGGGUUGGAUCAGGGAGGAUGGCCUCUCUGUGGUGAUCUGUCGGUAACUUAAGGCCCAGGGACCUAUGUCCUGUGUGCAGUUUCCCUACCUCUGAUGGUGGAGAAGGGCUUGGACAGGAAAUUGGAAAAACUUGCCCAGGGAGCAGAGCCUUUCCCUCUGGGGUGCCUGCAUAGUGGUGGGUACUGCUAGGGGCCAGUGCCUUCCUGGGUUUUC